GCAGAUUCCACCUCCAAGCUGUGCUUGAAAGAUCUAAGUAAGGAAUUGACUGAGGAACUAACGUCCAAGCUUAAUAGGAACAAAGAUAUUCUAAACCGAUUUUACCGUUCAUUUGGGCUUGAUCCUGAUUUACUGCACGACCAACUGGACCAGAGAAACAUUGGAAAAAUUUUUCCCGAUACCCCAGUCAAGCUGCUAAAGGAAGUUUUUGAGGCCCUAAAACUGUAUGACUUUGCAGAAUUCUUAGAGAAAGCAACAAAACCACGGACACUUCGCCCUGCUCUUCCGCUAAAAGAAAUUGAAAAAUUAUCGAUUGUCAGUAACCGCCCAACAAAGGUUUACAGUAAAGCAAAGGUUUUAAUAGUCGAUUUCUGUGAAGCCUGUGAAACCUCCGCAGACAAUGAUGUAGGAAAAGCUGGAUCAUUUUUUAAAGCGCAGAAUUCACGGAACGAGGUUACCACAUUAAAGACUGUUUUUUUAAAGGAAUUGUUCGCAGAUCUUAAUGACCUAACGAGAGGCAUGAGAAAAGAAGAGAGAAAUGACAGUAUGGCAGAGAUGAGGGAAGGGCACUUGCAAUGGCUUCUGGAAUACAAGAUCCCAGAGAGUUGGAUCAAAUCAAAAACGAAAGAAGAGAUCACGAAAACUUGGGGUGAAUUUGACAUUCCGGAUGAGGUUUACUUGGAACAAGAAAUUAAAAUAAGCGAACGGCUCCAACUGAUGGGACGUUUUAAUCCCCAGAAAGAUGAGCAACUAUUAACUUUGUUUUCCAAAGAGGAGCCUGGGAUGAGAAAUGAACUAAAACAGCUGACGGAAAAAAGAGAACAAUGGAAAACCGAAAGGAAGCCAAUACUCGAGAAGCAGAAAAAGGAGAAGGUGGAGGAACUGAAAAAAGAGGCUGACAAAUUUGAAAUGGCUGUUUUCAGCGUCAUCGACAAAUGGAUAGAACUACACCCAAAUGAUAAAGGUUCGAUAUCAUACCCCUUGUAACAUCCAUUCAGCAACGUUCCAAACUAUUUUAAGUCCUGUUUAGCCAUGCAUCCACACACUGUUCGAUAUAAGUUGAACAGAAGUUAUAACAGUUACUAUAGAGAGUUUAAGAUUCACGUUUACGCCAAACGGCAGAUGGGAACUUGUACCACGUGACCAAGUUUCCCCCAUAUUUUCCGUUUACUCUUACUGCUUCGACACAAAAAUAGGUACUUUCAUGCCAGUUUUAACCAUAGGAAUCGUUCGGGACUGUUUUUAUCUGCUUACUUUAUAUUCUGAGAAAUUCUCAAAUUGAAUCUCUAAUAAGUCAAAGCUGAACCUUCGGCACCCUGGUACACUCUUGUGCACCCUGCGACACUCUGAUUAUUAUAAUUAAUUCAAGUAAAAAGUCAAUUUAUAGCUGCUCUUAAUCUUCUUCCUCUUUCAAAAAGCUUAAAAUUGGCAAGAAAUAAUAUCCGAAACUCAUUAGAAUUCUCAGCGCGGCCUAACUUUAUUUAUGGCUGUUAUAAAAAUGUGAUUGACAAUAGACUUUUUAAGAAAAAAAAAAUGUCUUUUUUGGUUUUUGUAGGAAAGGCGUCGACCCUUUUUAUCGUCCUUAUUCAGAAUAGCCUGAGAUUGGAGCGAACGCGUGGUGCAGUUCUACAACAGAUGAUUAUCAGCAUAAACAGAUGCUUGAGUGAAAAACUGGCACUUAUUCCAGACACGAAGGUAGUGAUAACAAAUAAUAUGCCACCUAUAAGGGAAGGGAACAUUUCAAGCGAAACUCUUGAAGUUCAUUUGUCUGGAAAAGGAGUGUUAACGACAUUGCUGCAGCUUCUGAGCAAGCGCUUAGAUACACUAGACCUCAUUUCAGUAAUGCAGGAAUUACAGAGGACGGCCCCUCAAACAAACCCUCGUUACUACUACAACAGGUACCAUGACGUUGAUUAUACGCGGGUUCAAAUACGUGACAAUUUGUCGAGCGUUCCGAGACUUCAGAAGAUGGAAUAA